AUGGAGAGUUCACCAAUUGGAUGUCAAAUCAGCAUUUCUGAAUGGUUUUCUCAAGGAAGAGAUCUUCAUCGAGCAACUGAAGGUUUUGAAGUUGUUGGACAUGAAGACAAAGUGUACAAGUUGAGAAAGGCCCUCUAUGGUGCUCAAACAGCACCAAGGGCUGAUGAUUUGCUUAUGACAGGGAGCAAAGUUGAGCUCAUUAAUGAGUUCAAGGUCCAAAUGCAGCAAGUGUUUGAGAUGACAGAUUUGGGGAUCAUGACUUACUUCCUUGGCAUGGAAGUGCACCAGUCUGAUCGAGGUAUCUUCAUCAGCCAACACUCAUUUGCUUUGAAGAUCCUAGACAAAUUUUGCAUGCAUAACUGUAAAGCAGUCAGCACACCAGUGGCUCAAGGAGAAAAGCUGACUAGCAGUAGUGAUAAGCAGAGGGUUGAUGAGAGACACUAUCAAAGCCUAGUUGGUUGUCUGUUGUAUCUAACAGCAACCAGGCCAGACAUCAUGUUUGGUGUCAGCCUGUUAUCAAGAUUCAUGCAUUGUUGCAAUGAAGCACAUUUGAAAGCAGCAAAGAGGGUCCUUAGAUACAUCAAGGGCACUGCUAGUUUUGGUGUAAUGUUUGAAAGUGGGAACCAACUGAAACUAGAAGGCUACUCUGACAGUGACUGGGCAGGAUCCCUUGAUGACAUGAAGAUACAUUCUUUGCAGCGGGAAGCGAUUAAUCGAGCCAUUUGGCUAAAGAAGCUGCUUCAUGACCUUAAUGAAACUCAAGAUGAAGCAACUGAAAUUUGGGUGGAUAAUCAGUCUGCAGUUGCAAUAGCCAAGAACCCAGUGUUCCAUGUCCAAGGAGGAGUGUUGAAAGUGGAUGCAAUGCAACAUGGAGCCGAAGCAUCUCGCUAUCGAGCUCAACUCAUUUUGCUUGGUGCGCACGAAUGGUUUUGGACCAAAUGA